AUGGCAGCCAUGAGCAUGGACGUGCAGGUGCAUGCUCUGUCCGGUGUCCUCCUUUGUGCCGUGCAGGUGCAAGGAAGCCAAACGGUGGCAGACCUGAAGGGAUUGAUCCACGAGAGUGCGCAGAUCAAGCCAGCCGUGCAGAAGCUUCUUCUGGGCCGUUCUGUGCUGCGGAACACAGAUUGCUUGAGCGAGCUCUUCACGCAAGGAGCCGUCAACGAGGUCGUCUUGCUACAGACCGACAAGUGGAUUGAGGAAGUCACGCAGGACUGGCGUCGUUUGCGGAAAGCCUCGGAAGCAGUUCGCAAUGACAAGGAUCUGGUCCUGGCAGCCAUCGAGCGAAGCCAGGGCGAAGCGGUGAAGUUUGCCGGGGACGAGGUCCGGGCCGAUCGGGAGGUCAUGCUUGCUGCCAUGAAAUGCAACGGGUCCCUCUACCGGUACGCAAACCCUUCGUUGGGCUUGGACAUGGAGUUCACGCUGGCUGUUUUGCGUCAGCCUCCAUGCCGACAUUGCCCACUUCCUACGUGGCAGUGGCACACUUCGCCAGAGAUGUGUUCAGACAAAGGCUUCAUGCUACUGAUGGUUGCCCGGAAUGGCGUGGCCCUGCAACAUGCGGCACGUGAGCUCAGGGGUGACGAGGAAGUGGUCAGGGCCGCUAUGAGCGAGUAUCCGCUGGCAUUCCAACACGCUUCGCACGCAUUGAGAAGCAACCGUGAUUUUGCUCGCUAUGCUCUUACAGUGGGCAUGGGCAAUUUUAUACAUGUCGCUGAUGAAUUGAAGGGGGACAGGCGCUUCAUACUGGACUGUCUGCCGGCCUACCACGGUCUGCCGGACGGUAGUCCAAUCCUCUCCUCGAUUCUCAAGCAUCUGCCGCAGAAUUUGCAUUCCGAUCGUGAAGUGGUGUUUCGGGCUUUGGAGGCCGUACCCCCUUGCUAUCGCGAGGCCGAGCUCUCGCGAGCUGCCAAGGAUUUGCAGUCACACAGCGAGCUGAAAGAAGCUGCUGGCGUCACCCCCAGCCGUGCAGUUCGAAUGGACGCCCAGAUGGCCCAGAUGCCAUUGCCCACGGACCAGCCCGGGCCAGGCUCGCUGCUUGCAGAAGUGCGGCAGGCACUCCAAUACUCGACGGCCGAAGCACAGAACAAGCAAUUGUUGUGGCGUACGCUUGUUGACAAGGAUCCGGCUUUGCUCACGAUGCUAGGACAGGAAGCGGCUGCCGACAGAGAGUUGGUUCUUGCAGCUGUCAAGAAGGAUGGCCGCAUGCUCGCGCACGCAAGUGACGACCUCCUAUCGGAUGUGGGCCUCGUCACCGCGGCCUUGGAGGACGACGCGGCUGUUUACGAUCUGCUGCCAGAGGCCACACGAUGCAAAGCAGAGAUUGCUCUGCUUGCUUUUCGUAGACAUAGGAUCAAGCUGCCGAAAGCUCUCUUGUCCAAUCGGCAUCUGGUAGUAGAAGCUGCGGCCAUGCAAACCAAUGCCACUGACGUAGAGAAGCGGCGGCUGCAGAAGCUUCCUUUGGCUCACCUGGUUGCAAAGUUCGAGCUGGCUUAA